ACAGUGAAAUACCUUGGUUACCGUUUGUGCGGCGAGUGACUAAGACUAACAUCUGUCUAGCUGAAAUCAUAAUUCAAAGGAAAAGCUGCGAGUAUCAUCUCAUCUAGAAGCCCAAUCGCAUGGGUUCGUGUCGUUCACAAAUGGCUACGGAUUUACAAACCAAGGCGAGCACUUCCAAUUUGGCUUCAGAUCCAAACAAGGAGGAACAAAAUGCAAAUACCGCUCCUGGACCUCAAACGAAGGAUGCUGGCCAAACCAUCGUUCAAGAUAAGACCAUGAAACUUGGAGAUGACAUUAACCUGGCUGAACAAAAUGAUGUCAAGCUUGAUCCAAAUCUCGAGAAAAACGAAUACCCUGAUUUAUCUGGAGCGAAAUCACUGAUGGCUAAAUAUCUCACAAGGGAGAUUUUCGAGAAGCUGAAGGACAAAAAGACAUCCACUGGUUUUACCAUCGCUCGAGCUGUGAACACUGGAGUGUUAAACAAAGAGAAGUCAUUGACUGGAUGCCAUGCCGGAGAUGUUGAUUCCUACACCAUCUUUGAAGAGUUCUUCGAUCCCCUCAUCGAGGAGUAUCACCGCGGGUUCAAGCCUUCAGACAAUCACGUGACUGAUAUGGACCACACUCAUCUGAAAGGCAACAUUACUGACCCAUCCAAGAUCAUUUCCACAAGAAUCAGGGUGGCGAGAAAUAUUUCUGGCUUCAAUCUGGCUCCUGGACAGAAUUCCAAAGAAGAAAAGUUGCAAAUAGAAGCUUUGAUGUUGCAAGUGUUUGCCGAGCUGAAAGAUGAUUUGGCCGGGCAUUAUUACUCACUUGCCAAAAUAAGCGAGGAGGAAAGACAGGAACUUGUCAGGGAGCACUUGUUAUUCAAGGGCAAUGACAAGAUGCAAGCUGACAGCGGAUACCAUCGAUGGUGGCCACAUGGACGAGGGAUCUACUUAAAUCAUAAGAAUACCUUUGCUGUGUGGCUCAAUGAAGGGGACCAUAUCCGUGUCAUUUCCAUUCAGCAAGGUGGCGAUGUCUCCUCUGUAUUUACAACACUAGUCAAGGGGGUAAAUACAAUCGAGAUGCUCCUUAUGAAGUUAGACAACAGAAGCUUUCAAACAACAGAGCAUCUUGGCAUGAUCACAUGCUGCCCAACAAAUCUUGGAACAGGUCUGAGAGGCGGAGUGCUAAUUCAACUGCAGAAAGUUGUGGAGAAAUUGGGCGAAGAUGGCCUGAAGAAAUGGUCCCAUGAAAACCAUCUCCAGGUGAGAGGUCUGUACGGAGAGCACUCCGACACCACAAGUGCUAUUUAUGAUAUCUCCAACAAGUACAGGCUCGGGUACUCAGAGGUCCAGCUCGUUCAGUUUGUGAUUGAUGGUGUCAACCAGCUGAUUGAAAUGGAGUAUCAUUAAGCUGUGAAUUUGUCCUUGAACUUUAUUAAGAGUGUAACCUUAUUAAGAGUGUAGUACUAACGAACGGAACCCAAACUGUGAAGAUUAUUUUCACUGAACUGAUAGAAAUCCGUUUAUUGAUUUCCCAAUAACAGUAGGGCUCACAACAACGGAGUUUUGGAUCAGUUAAUGAUGUUGUAGUUGUAAGGUUCCAUGGUGUUUGUGAGCCAUUUGUAAGCCCUCCAAAAACUGUCCUGAUUUUCAUUUUGCUUUGGUAAUUGUGUGAUAUAAGGUCAGGCCAAAGCUUGUAUCCUGAGUGUUCCUGAGUGUUGAUGUAGGGAAAACAAUUGCGAGUUACUGAAAUAAAUAUUUAGUCUUGCAAUUUUCA